AUGCUACACUCUGGGAUCAUCCAGUUCAGUAGCAGCCCCUUUGCUUCACCAGUGCUGCUAGUCAAGAAAAAGGAUGGAUCAUGGAGGUUUUGUGUGGACUACAGACAGCUAAAUGACCUGACAGUGAAAAACAAGUUCCCUAUGCCCCUUAUUCAUGAACUGCUGGAUGAAUUGCAUGGUUCCAACCAUACACUGGAGGAACAUGUCCAGCAUGCUACUGAACUCUUUGAAAUCCUAAGGCAACACCAACUCUAUGCUAAGGAGAGCAAGUGCUCCUUUGCUCAGAAGCAGGUGGAAUAUCUAGGCCAUAUCAUCUCAGCAGAUGGAGUGAGAGCUGACCCCAGAAAGAUUGACAACAUGAUGCAGUGGCCAAGACCAAGGAACACCAAACAGCUGAAGGGAUUCCUAGGACUGACAGGGUACUACAGAAAAUUUGCCAAGGGAUAUGGUGCUAUUGCCAAACCCCUAACCACCCACCUCAAGAAGGAUGGAUUCCACUGGGAAGAGGAGGCUGAGGAUGCUUUUCAGAAACUUAAAAUAGCUAUGUGCAGCACCCCUGUACUAGCUCUUCCAGACUUCACUCAAUCCUUUAUAGUAGAAACUGAUGCCUGCUAUGGGGGAAUAGGAGCUGUACUAAUGCAGAAUAAGAGACCAUUGGCCUUUCUUAAUUAA